GCUGUUCUAAUGCACCUCCCCCCUCCGCUCCGCUGAGACUCCCUCCCUCCUUUCCUCUCUUUCUCUCCCCAGCACCACCGACUCAACCCACUGCCUCUACCCCCUCCGCUGAGGACCUAACGUUACCGGAGGCACGGCGUUGUAUCCGUCAUCCGUCGACUGAGAGCCCGAGGAGAAGAAAAUCCCGGCGGCUCCCUCGCUCAGAAAAAAUAACCGUCAACUAACAGCAGCAGCGACCGUUCAGUUCCGCGAGACUCCCCACAAGGCGAAGACAAGCCCGGCGACAGAAUGGGAAAUGAGGCGAGUUAUCCCUUGGAGAUGUGCUCACACUUUGACGCUGAUGAGAUUAAAAGACUAGGGAAGCGGUUUAAGAAACUCGACCUGGAUAACUCGGGUUCUCUCAGCGUGGAGGAGUUCAUGUCUCUACCCGAGUUGCAGCAGAACCCACUGGUCCAGCGAGUCAUCGAUAUAUUCGACACAGACGGAAACGGAGAAGUGGACUUUAAAGAGUUCAUUGAAGGCGUCUCUCAGUUCAGUGUCAAGGGUGACAAGGAGCAGAAGCUCCGCUUUGCGUUCAGGAUUUAUGACAUGGAUAAGGAUGGCUACAUAUCCAACGGCGAGCUGUUCCAGGUGCUGAAGAUGAUGGUAGGGAAUAACCUGAAGGACACCCAGCUGCAGCAGAUCGUCGACAAAACCAUCAUCAACGCAGACAAGGACGGGGACGGGAGGAUAUCUUUCGAGGAGUUCUGUGCUGUGGUUGGUGGCUUAGACAUUCACAAAAAGAUGGUGGUGGAUGUGUGAAGAGACAGAGAAGGCCCUUCACUGAACACCCUCUUUUUUCACUUCUCCAUUUCUGAGAAUCAGCUCCAGAUGUUCCGCUAACACGCUCUCUCUUUCUCUCUCUCUCUGUCUGUCGCUCUCUUUCUCUGUUUCAAUGGAAGUAUUUCUCUGAAUGAUGCCUCUGUUCCCCGUCUGUACUCCCUGAGCCUUGUGACGCCUGCCAUCCUAAGUGUUAUAGAGCAUGAGAUUCUUCUGUCCACGUUCUCGGGUAUUUAAGGACAGUCAGAGAGACGACUUCUCUGUCGAUUACCGAGCGACUCAGUGUGAUGGAGACGGAGAGAAGUGUGUGUGUGUGUAAGCUCUUUAUUUUUCUUUUUGAAGGGGGGAUUUUUUUGUAUUUAUUUUAGUCCUGUCUUUUUUUUAAAGAUAAUCUAGGUCUACAGGGAAUGUAUGUAUGUGAGCGAUAUAUAUGUCUUGACACUUGAUUUCAGUGCAACACCCUUCAAGCAUGAAGUGCCAAUCGAAACAUAUACACAGGAACAAUUUAACAAUAGCUGAAUAUUGAAACCGCUAUCUGAUGUUCUUCAUGUCAUGGGGAGAUUAAAAAAAGUCAUUACGUUUUUUUGUUUCCACCUCUUUAGAGCAAAUAACUGCUUCAGAUCUCAUGCAAAAUGCAAAUGCGAUUUGAAUUUUCUACAAAGAAUGUGUGUGUGUGUGUGUGUGUAAAGUGUGCUGUUUUAAUAUUGUCAGGGAGUUCAUCUACCGUCUUGCUUUCUGGUAUACAGUAGACUAGAAUAAAAAAGAAAAUAUAUUUGAAGUUGUGCUCAUAUGGUUUACUUUUGAGUAAAGUUGAGUAUGGUUUACUUCUAGGACUGGUGUUUUAUCGCAGGGGUCGUGUGGGGAGGAACGAUCAGAUCACACCACAUCUUACUGUAGGAUGGAAGUGCCAUCAGUAAAAUUUCUGGACUUUUGUGUGUGUGUGUGUGUGUUUGUAUUAUGGAUUUAUUACCAUUAUAACACAGCAAACGAGUAAUUUUGAUUUACCUCUUGACAUUGUAGGAUAGUGCAUAUUGUGGCGAACUGAAUCCACAAUAACACUUGAUUUGAAUAUUUGUUUGUGGAAAUAUAAGGUUAUUUUCUUCCCAACUUGACUGCAGGCAGCAUUUUAAAGACCUUAGUAGCUCCUAUUUGUAUAUUAGGGACUGAAGGACAGAUUGUGUGUUUGGGUUUUUCUAAGCUUUAAUCGAGUUGGUUCGCAGCAUGUUACUGAGAGGGAUCGUCGGAGUAGGCAAAACCAGAUCUGACUGACUGAUUGAUCAGUUUCUCUUUUCCAUCAUCGUUUCAAGGAUUGAUCCGUGGGAUUUGCGUGUUAAGAAAGGAGAGACCAAACCAGACGCUUUCAACGCGGAUGAAUAAACUCGAAACGGUCGGCCACUCCGCUAUUUUGCUUUAAAUGUGAUUCUCCCGCGCAAAUCGGCGUUUUCGCGCCAGCUGCUGCACGGUGAUGACGCUUAAACAUUUCUUUCCCGGCGAAGAACGUCGAGGUCUUGAGUUGUUCUCGCAUGAUACGGGAAGGUUUCUCUUAUUUUACUUUUUUUUUUUACUUUUUUUUUUUGUGCAUGUAGAUCUGAUUCUUGGGGGGGGUUCUCUUGUUUACAUAUGAAUCGUACUAUUGAGAUAUUAUAAUAUGAAUGACAGUUACAUAUAAAUAUAUGGACGUUGCCAAACUUUUGGUAAAUGUUUAAAUAUGGAAAUGAUUUUAAAGCGAGUUUCUUCACUACAUUUAUCCAUAAAUAAUAUUAUGCAAAUUAAAAGAAGAUGUGUGAGUUAUUCUGGAUUUCUGUCCGUCACUCCCAGCUAAUUUUUUCCUCUUAAAAAAAAAAAAAAAGAGAAAGUUUUUUUUUUUUUUUUCUCCUUUUCCGUUCCUGGUUUGGUUGAGUUGUUUUGUACAGAAUGUGCGUCGGUUGUGUUUUGUAUUUCUUUAGCUGGGGGUCAGACAGUCGUCUGUAUAACUUUCGAUGGGAGAUCCGUGGGGUUUUUUGGACAAAGGAAACAUACAAGUGAAUGAAAACGUUUCGCUUUUAGGUUUAACGUUUUGUUUCUUUCUUCAUUUCUCUGCAUGCUGCGUCAUAUGCUGUGGGAACCACUGAAAUGUCAUUCAUGAAAAUGAGAAAUAAAAUAUUUGAGACUUUUA